AUGGAAGACAACGUACUUCACUUCAGCAACCAUAACAAGGAUAUGGUUCUAGCAGGACAGGCGAAAGUAUUCAACCCAACUACGGGAGCUUUCGAACCUGUUCACGUCAUGCUUGAUUCUGGCGCCGAUCGAUCGUUCAUCAGCAGCGCACUUGCAAGGAGAUUGCAUCUCAAAGACAUCGAGUCUGUAAAGCUCACUAUCAACACUUUCGGCUCACAGCAGCCAAUAUCGAAGACAUGUGGCGUCACAACAGUCCAAAUGUGGGACGCCAGUGGCACAAAACAUGCAUUCAAGGUCACAAGGAUCAACACAAUCACGCAGUCACUGCAACGGAACCCCCUCAACGUCGAGGACAAACGGUUCCUCUGUGACAAUAACCUGCAACUCUCCAUAAACCCAAACCUGACAAGCAUCCGCCCGCAAAUUCUCCUUAGCUGCAACGACCUCUUUUCUCUUCUAGAUCAUGGCUUGGCGUCACAACACAUACUUCCAUCAGGAUAUCGACUCAUUUCUUCGAAACUCGGUUAUUUAGUAGCAGGAUACAAUAGCAACUGCUCUACAACAAUAAAGAAGGAUGAGAAGAAGAUCACGAUACACACUGCGAAUACAGUGGAACCCGAAGAAUCACAGCAGUCGUGGGAAGACUUCUGCACGUUCGAAUCAUCUGGAGUGGGCGAAUUCGUUGGCCCGAAGACAGAGGAACAAAAAGGAGUGUUCACUACUCCCUACGGAAAGGAUUCUCCAAGAACAAGACGAAUACAACGACAUCACGGACAUCUCAAAAAUGAAGAAAAAUUCACCAACUCGACGACAGCUACAGGAAACGAAGUCAGCCACAGCAAUGGAAGAAGAUAA